UACACGUCUCGCCUACUACCGCACUAUCCGGCAUCAAGUCGGAUGGUGCAUGUUAGCAUUAUUUAAACAGAUGCUGUUCAAGCUCUCGACUGAAUUGAACCAUAACAACAUAUGCUAGUAUAAACGAAACAACAAUUAUCCUUUUGUCUUUUUUAUCACAGAGCGUUCAUGUCGCGACUCCGUUCACAUUGUUUCGGAACUUAUAUCAUAAAUCAUAUUUUAUUUAAUUUAACUGAAAGGAUUGUAGUUAAGUUCAUAUAUUGCGGGAGUGAAAGUGAUUAGUAUAUCGCGCCAGUCACGUAAGGACAACACAUAAGCAAACAUCCAAUGCUUACGUAGUUUUAUUCUACGUCAAUAUUCAGUUUGGUAGUACGUGCUACGAGAUGGGGGUCACACCUUUUGUGAAGCAGUGCUUUGCGGUAUCGAGUGUCGUCCUGAACAUGAUGUCGUAUGGCCUUGUGGCCGGAUUCAACGCUUCGCUGUUCUCUGAACUCAGGAGGACCCGAGAGAUACCUCUGGACAUACAUUCAGAGUCUUGGUUGGCAUCUUUGAUCGGAUUAACGCUUUUUGGGGGCUCUGUGAUUAGUUCACUAGUGAUGGAAGCCAUUGGACGGAGACCGGCUAUUCUAGCGAGUUCAGUUUUUAUGAUUUGCGGGUGGAUAUUGCUCAGUCUAGCUUCAUCCUUUCCUGUCUUGUUAACGGCGAAAAUUUGUCAUGGAGUAUCCUAUGGAUUAGGCUCUAUAGGAGGUAUUCUAGUAGCAGAAUACAGCAGCCCCAGACAUAGGGGAUCUUUUAUAGCAACUUUACCAACUGCUAUAUUAUUCGGGAUAUUAAUAGCACAUGCUCUUGGAAUGUUUUAUAGUUGGCAUGGAUUAUCUAGAAUCCUACUCUUUUUCUCUUUACCUGGUUUAAUUGCAGCUAUAUUUUCGCCAGAAUCACCGAGCUUUCUGGUAACUAAGGGACGUUACGAUGAAUGCAGGAAGGUUUUCCGCUGGUUGAGAGGUACAGACGAGGAUGACGAACUCGAAACAAUGAUUAAAACUCAUAUGGUACUUAAAACAAAUAAGCAAAGGCAGAGAAUUAAAGUAUUAACAUUAAUCAAGAACAAAGUGACAUGCAUCGUGACAGCUUUUAAAAAGAGAGAAAUUCGUAUUCCAAUAAUUAUUUCGAUGCACUUGAUGGCUAUAAAUCAGUUCUGCGGGUCUGCGGUUAACGACAUGUAUGCUCUAGACGUCCACACCGCGUUGUACGGAACUAAUGUCUACAUGUUCAAAGUAAUGACGUCACUAGAUGUGCUAAGACUCAUUGCGGCUCUGUCAGCAGUUUAUAUAACAAAAAAAUUAGGGCGGCGUUCCAUGCUGCUAAUAUUUGUGACCUUGAAUAUAUUCGUCAAUCUAUGCCUAGCUGGACACAUUUUUGCAAGACAACGUGAUCUUCUACCUGCUUCACAUAUGGUAAUAGGUGUCAUUCUGCAUCAUUUACAGUGCUUCAUUAUGGGGACUGGAUCUAUACCGUUGUUAUUUAUAAUUAUUGGCGAAAUAUUUCCUUUAGAAAGUAGGGCUUUGUGUGGAAUGAUUUCUAGUACAUUCUACUCCACUUUCAUGUUCGUGAACAUCAAAUCAGCUCCGUAUCUGUUCUCGUUGUUCGGCGUUGACGGGACGUUAUGUUUUUAUGCUUUGAUUCUUGCCUAUAGUCUAGUUGUCACUCGUAUUUAUUUACCGGAGACUAAAGACAAAACUCUUCAGGAAGUCGAAGAUGAAAUUAGGGGAUUUGCUCUCCUCAGUCACGAAGAAACGUUUGAGUUGAAGAGUGAUAAAGCGGAUGAGGAAGAUUAAGAAUUUUAAAACAAUGUGUUUCAGAAAGGCAGGGUAAAAGUCUUGUACCUAUGCCGAUUGUUAGAAAUCAGGUUUUAUUUGUUUUUCUAUAUUGAAGCUGACGCGAUACGUGCGAACUCAGCUGGCUGGCUGAUAAGCUGGCUAUGUGUAGUUUGGUGUAUCCUAAAUUUUCUGUAUUAUCUUGAUGUAUUUUAAUAUUAAGUCUAGGGUAUUAAUUUGACUAUAGGUAUCCAGAAUUAGUAUAUAGGGAAUCUGGAAUUCUCUGGUGUGAUAUCUCGUCCAUACAGUAGGGUUUGGAGUAUUUCUUCGUUUUGCGUAUAGAUAAUCCAAUGUUGGGGCUUAAGUUUUAUCUUCUCUUUUAAUUGUUAAAAGUAGGAGGGAAGGUUUUACGUUCUCUACGAUAUCAUUAGGUCAGUUGUACAGAGGUCUUAUAAUAUAUAAUAUGUUGUAGCGUGUACGUUGUAAUAUGUUGUAAUAUAACGUGGAGAGCUAAAUUCAUCCAUCACCCAGCAUGGCUAAGUCGAUCGUCUGAUCUUAGGCUCUUCCGCUAAAGGUUAAAGUUAAUUUGGUUGGAUUAUUAUGGUAGAGUUUCGAGAUAAUACAGAUAAGGACAUCAAUUUAAAAUAGGUGUAAGAUUAUUUUUCAAUUAGAGAUACCUACUCGUAUUUCUAAGAACACAGUCAUUUGAUUAUCUAUAAAAUAGGCUUUUAAUGUUAUCGUUUGCUCUAACUUUACAAGUGUUUUAAAUUAGAUGUAAAAACCAAAUUUCCUAAUUUAUUAUCCUCGAGUGAACUUAGAAGUUUGCUAGAUAUUAUACAAUAAUUAUAUGGUGUUACUAAUCUACUUAAUGAAAACUAGUCGUCUCUAUUUAAUUAAAUCUAACAUGAAAUGCCUGAAAAAAUUUGAAGAUUGAUUAAAUUUUUGAGUAUUA